AUGAAAUCUAAUUAAAGUGAGAAUAUUGAUUAGACUAGUAAUUUGAAUAAUGAAAGCUAAAAAAUUAAGUCAUUAGUUCAACAAAUCAUGUAAUAAAAUAGUAAAAUACAUAAAUAAAAAUCUAAUGUCAAAAGAACAAAAUGGAAUUAAGAAAGUUAAGAACUAUUUCAGAAAUUAUACCAUAAUUUUUUAGGAGAUUUAAAUAUGAUUCACUCAUAUUUUGAAUAACACACUGAAUAUAAAUUUACUAAAAAAUAAAUCAAAGUAUUAUUAUUUAGAUUAUAUUAGAAAUAUUUUUCAUAAUAGGCUAACUAUCUAAGUAAAUCUAAUAGUAAAUCUAUGGAUGAAGAAAUAUAUGCUAAAAUUUUUGAUUUUUAGCAGCAGAGUUCUUAAUAAAAUAAUUAUUGUGAAGAUCAAGAAUAAAGUUUGUAGAGUGAUAUAAAGAUAUUUCAUUCAAGUAGUUUUUGA